UUUUCUUUGUCUUUUCACAAAGGUAAAAGCGAAUAUAAUAAAAGUGAUAUUCCCCCAUCGCUUGAGUUUUAUAUAGAAAUCCUCGUUUCCAACACUACCCCCUUUCUUGGUCAUUGGUGAGUGCUCUUCUUCAACUUCCACAUGAUUUUUUAAUCCACUCCCUUUUCCAGACUUCACUUAUUCGUCUUAUAUCUUCCCUUAUAAAGCUCGCUUCUUUUCACACACAAUCCAAUCUCUGUUCUCUACAUCCUUAAGUAUAACCACCAAAGCUCGCUCUUUUUUCCCCUCACUGAGAGCACACUUUGAACUCUGUACUGGGAGAAACCCAGCAAUGGAAGUCGGUCCUUUUUCCGUCUUCAUCCUCUGCCUCUCCCUCUUGCUUUCUCCCGCCAUCACAGGUGCAGAGAUCUCUGGCAAAGUGGGCGUGAACUAUGGCGGGCUAGGGAACAAUCUACCGUCUCCGAAACGCUCAGUGGAGCUCAUCAAAACCCUCAAAGCGAAACGCGUCAAAAUCUACAACGCCGAUCCAGAAAUCCUGACGGCCCUGAGAAACACAAACAUUCAAGUCUCGAUCAUGGUCCCGAACGAGAUCCUCAUCAACAUUUCCACCAACCAAACGCUCGCCGACGAAUGGGUUCACACCAAUCUGGUCCCUUUCUACCACGACACCAUGAUCCGAUACCUCCUCGUCGGGAACGAAAUCAUCAGCUCCACCGCUAAGCCCGUCUGGUACGCCCUCGUACCCGCCAUGCGAAAAAUAAAAAGUGCCCUCCGAACCCACGGCAUCCGCAAGGUCAAAGUUGGCACUCCGUCCGCCAUGGAUGUCCUCCAGUCGUCCUUCCCCCCCUCAAACGGCUCGUUCCGGUCCGACAUCUCCGGUCCGAUUAUCAAGCCGAUGCUGCAGUUCCUGAACCGGACCAAGUCUUUCUUCUUCGUCGAUGUUUAUCCGUACUUCUCUUGGGUCAGCGAGCCGAACAGCAUUAACCUGGAUUACGCGCUGUUCCAGUCCAGGAAUAUCACUUACACGGAUCCAAACACGGGCUUGACCUACACCAACCUCUUUGACCAGAUGCUAGACGCCCUCCAUUUCGCGAUGAAGCGGCUCGGGUUUCCGGAUAUCCGGAUCUUCAUCGCCGAAACGGGUUGGCCCAACGGCGGAGACAUUGACCAGAUUGGGGCCAAUAUUUACAACGCCGCCACUUACAACCGAAAUGUCGUCAAGAAGUUAUCCGCCAAACCGCCGGUUGGGACUCCGGCUCGGCCCGGUUCGGUCCUCCCGUCUUUCAUAUUCGCCCUCUACAACGAGAACCAAAAACCCGGUCCGGGUACGGAGCGACACUUCGGGUUGUUGUACCCGAGCGGGAAGAAUAUAUACCCGAUCAAUCUCAGCGGCGAGACUCCAUUGUCGGAUUACCCGCCAUUGCCGGCUCCGGAGAAUAAUACUCCGUACAAGGGGAAGAUAUGGUGCGUUGUGGCGAAGGAGGCCAUGAGAGGGAAUAAGACGGAGCUGGCGGCGGCGUUAUCGUACGCCUGCUCGCAGGGGAACAAAACCUGCGACGCGAUCCAACCCGGUGGGAUUUGUAGCCGCCCGGAUUCGUUGGUACGGCGCGCCAGCUAUGCGUUCAGCUCGUAUUGGGCUCAGUUCAAGAAGCUCGGCGGGGGCUGUUACUUCAAUGGGCUGGCUGUUCAAACGACCAAGGAUCCUAGUUAUGGAUACUGCAAGUACGCCAGUGUGACACUAUGAGGAAGGUGGUAUAAAGUGGUGCACUUCUCCCAUCUUAGUUAAUGCUGAAUAAGCUCUUAUUCAUUCAAUUCUAGUGCUUAAAUUAGUGAACUGGGCAAUUCGUUACAACCCUUUUUUUUUCAAUUUAUUAUAAUUUUUACCUGUUUUCAGAUUGAGACAUUUUACAAGGUUGCCUAUUUCAUUUAGAAAGGAAUCCAUUGGUCACUCUAGUUUUUGGGGA